UAUUAAGACGUAUUUGUCGCACAAGUGUAGUUAAACAUGAUAUUGUAUUCGAUUCUUAAAUGUUUGUUUCUGCUGAAGUUACUCAGUGCUGUUACGUGUAAGUCUGACAAAGAAAGAUUCAUUGACCAAAACAAUGCCGAGCUUAUACAAGUUAUCUCCACCUUACAGAGAGAAGUGGCGGAACUGAAGGUCUCACAAAGUAAAAUUGUCGCAAUGGAAGCUGAACUUAAAAGCCUCAAGUCAAAUGCUGUAUCCGGCGGUGUAACAUAUGUUCAAUGGGGAAGAACAUCAUGUCCUAGCAACGGUACAGAAUUCAUCUACAAGGGAUUUAUGGCAGGUGCAAGUGAAGCCGAGACAGGUGGUGGCGCUAACAACUUAUGUCUACCAGAAGACCCAAGCUUUGCAGGCUAUGUUGACGGACAUCAUGGCGGGGCACAUCUAUUUGGAACCGAAAUUGAAAUAGAUGAUCAUGUAUCGCGGGUUUUGUUCGGAAGAACAGCCUUUAAUCAGAACAUACCAUGUGCCGUGUGUCGAUCACCAAGGAUAUCACAUGUAAUGAUUCCCUCACGUGCACAUUGCUACUCAGGUUGGACAGAGGAGUAUACAGGUUACUUGAUUGCAUCUUAUCCGAAUAAACCUCAAGCUGACUUUGUUUGUCUUGCUGCCGGGCUAGAAUUUGUCCCAAAUGGAACUGCCAAUGAUGAUGAUCAUGUCAUGAGACCGGUAGAGGUACAAUGUGGUGCCCAUCGAUCCCUCCCUUGUCCACCUUAUGUCCAGGGUCGGGAACUCGCGUGUGUCGUCUGUACGAGAUAAGAGUACCUUGUUAUAUUUCUCUUUUAAUGAACUGCAUUUUGUAACAUAUUACGAUGAUGAAUAAAAGUUUAAAAUCUAG